GAGCGGCCGUGCGGGGCGUGCGGGCGGCGCCGGGGGCUGUUGGGCUCUGGUGGGCUGAACAGACUCUUGCCCAGGCAGAUGGCCUCCAAGCGGCCGGGCGUGGGGGCCUCGGUGCAGCCGAGAUCGCUCCAGGACCAGCAACUGCUGGAGGGGAAGGAGGUGCUGCUGCGGGCCGCCUGCCAUCCGGAGACCUCCGGGGGGGCCCUGGGCUCCCUGUGCAGACAGUUCCAGAGGAGGCUGCCCCUGAGAGCGGUCAGUCUCAACCUCAGCGCAGGGCCCUCCUGGAAACGCCUGGAAAGCCCCAAGCCAGGCCAGCAGGGCCUCCAGGCUGCGGCUCGCUCAGCGAAGAACGCCCUGGGUGCCGUGUCCCAGAGAAUCCAGGAGUCCUGCCACAGCGGCACCAAGUGGCUGGUGGAAACCCAGGUGAGAGCCAGGAGGAGGCGGAGGGGGGCACAGAAGAGUGCCCGGCUGUCUGGAGCUGCCCACGCCUACGUGGCCCUGGACCCGUGGGAGAGGGAUGGUCACCAGCUCCCUGCCCACGGGGGCCCACGCGCCUACCCCCUGCGGCGGCCCAGGAGGGAGGCCGCCCUCCGCAGUCCCUACUCCUCGACAGAGCCCCUCUGCUCCCCCAGCGAGUCUGACGGUGACCUAGAGCCUGUGGGAGCAGGACUUCAGCGUCUCCAGCAGCUGUCCCAGGAGCCAGACGAGGCCAUCGUGGCUGAGGAGAGCGGCGACAUGACCGUUUCUCUCAUCCGAGACUGAGGAGGACGGUGCCUGCAGGUAAUGCCUUCCUCCGAGCAUCUUCCCUGGGCCCUCCUCCUCCUCCUCCUCCUCACGCACAAACAUGUGCAAGAACGGAGUCUUUUCUGGAAAACCCCCCGGAGCUGACAGGCCCAGCAGGGUAGGAAGUGUGCGAGUCUCCCCUCGCCUGGAGCGAGAGCUGCUGACCUCACCGACCCCGUCAGUAGCUGAGCAUACCGCCACCUCCUAGCUCCCGCCUCCGGGGGCACGACCGUGGGGCCCCCACGUCCCUGCUCUGAGCGCGGGGAGGGGGGCACGAAGGGAGCUGUGUAUUUGCAGGAAGCGAGCCACAUCUGACCACCACUCCCUCACACCAGGGCCCGUGUGUGCCCCCGAGCUCCCGAGCACUGCCCUCGGGCCCCUGCUAACAAGGGGCCUCUGCUCAGAACCGGCCACAGCUGGUUCUGCCCGCGACCGCCCGCCCCAGCCUGAGACUCACUGGGCCUGGAGACUCAUGCCGCACUCGAGCUCCGUGGCGCGUCUACAGCGGGAAGCCCGGGCAGCAGAGAUUCUGGGGAGCCCUGAGCCGUGCACCCAGGAGGGGGACCUGCGAGGAAUCAGCCCCUGGGCGGCCCAGGGACCCCAGCUCCCGUCCCCGCGGCCCCCCCAGAGCCCCGAGACCCUGGGCCCACAGACCCCUACUUGCCGUCAGCACAGAGCGCUGUGGGUGUGCGGGAAGGAGUGGUACCGCUCAGUGGGGGCUUCUGCCCUCAGUAAAUUAUUUAAGAAACCCGCUUUGUCAUUUUAUUAGAAAGAAACCAGCGUGUGACUUCCCUGGAGAUAACACUGCUUUUUCAUAAUAAAGACUCUGCUUCUGA